GCAGCCCGAAGGUGAAUUUACAAAUUAUCAUAGAAGAAGAGGACCGUCCUCUCGCUCUCCCUGGUCACAUACCGUCAGACAAGCCAGCCCACCAUGAAGACCGUUAGUAGUGCUCUCACUCUUGCCUCGCUUGUAGGAUCUGCUCUGGCGAGUGCAAUCUACACUUUGAGCGAGAGCGUUCGCGGUGAAGGUUUCUACGACUCCUUCAACUUCGAGAAUAUCACCGACCCCACCCAUGGACGUGUGACCUAUGUCAGCCGAAAGACAGCAGAGAGGCUCAAUUUGACUUAUGCCACGAGCGACACCUUCAUCUUGCGCGCAGAUGAUACCACGGUUUUGAGUGCCAACGACUCGGGGCGGAAUUCGGUCAGGAUUAGAUCCAACCACCAGUACACAGAGCAUGUCGUGGUCUUUGAUAUACAGCAUAUUCCCGAAGGAUGCGGAACAUGGCCCGCUAUCUGGGAAACGAAAGAGUCCGAUUGGCCUGCUAGUGGUGAAAUCGAUAUCCUCGAGGGUGCAAACAAUGUAGUGCCUAACCAGGCGACACUCCACACUGGCCACAAUUGUUCCAUGCCAAAUAACACUCUCCAAUCAGGAACCACGAUGACAACCAACUGUGACGCUUCAGUCGCUUAUAAUGUUGGGUGUGCUGUGAAGCUCACUGAAGAUGACAACAGUUUUGGUCCAGGAUUCAACAGGAUCGGUGGAGGAUGGUAUGCUAUGGAACGCACACUUCACUAUAUCAAGGUUUGGUUCUGGGAGAGAUACGACCCAACUGUUCCCUUUGAUAUUACCAGCGGUGCAUGGAUCAUUGACACCGCCAACUGGGGCAUCCCUGCUGCCAACUUCCCUAACAACACCGAGUGUGACAUUAAAUCUCACUUUGGGUCCAACAACAUUAUUAUUGAUCUGACGUUCUGUGAGUCGUGUAUUGUUUUGGAGUGGUCUGCCACGCUCAUACCGCACAUAGGCGGUGACUGGGCAGGCAACGCGGCUCUCUACAAUGCUUCUGGAUGCCCGUCGGACUGUGUGUCUUACGUCAACAACAACCCUAGCGCGUUCACAAACGCCUACUUCCAAAUUUCGUCCAUGAACAUCUACGAAUAGAUGCCACAGGAAAGGCGUUAAAUAACUUUACAUAGCCUGCGGCGCGUCAUUUUCAUACUCCCACUCGGCGAUCCCUGAGAAAGGAAAUAGACGAGUAGGAUCAUUGUCGGCGGUGCGGAUUAUAUAGCACAGAGGAUGUUACUUUAAUUACAUAUCAUAGAAUGGUGCAGGAGGAUGCUUAUUCUCGGGCAGUUGAGAUUCCGCGGAUUGAUGGGAAGAUC